AUGGAUCGGAGCUCAUCGUCCACCGAUGCAUAUGUGAUAGUUAAAUUUGGGCCGGAGUAUCAAUUCAGAACACCUGUUUGUAGGAAAACUUUAAAUCCUACUUGGAAUAUUGAUGCUUGGAGAUUUGAAGUACCAAAUAACGAUUACUUACAAGAAAAUGUGAUACAAUUUAAAGUUAUUGAUUAUGAUGUUGUAACACAAGAUGAUGUGAUCGGAACAGUAAUUGUAGAUACUAAUUUAUUAGCGCUAAACCAAGUUACUCAGUGCAGUGGAUGGCUCCCAAUUUUUGAUUCAAUUAGAGGCGUUUGUGGCGAGCUGAAUGUAAAUAUUAAGAUUGAUUUUAUUCAAAAUAUCAAUCCAUAUAGAGAUAGCUCGCCUGAGGUGCAGUUUUUCUCUUGCCCAAGUAUUUAUCCUCUUAUGGAAUACACUCAAUACUCUUUGAGGAUAGGAGAUCUCGUAGAAGAGCUUCUCAUUGACGAUGACCCUGAAUAUGACUCAUGGAAAGACCUUAUAAGAAGCAGUAGAACAUCAAAUGACGAGAGACAGUUAUUAUUAUAUGAGUUAUCUGGAAGAUUAAAAAGAAGAAUUGGAAAAAGGUUUUUGAAGCAGGAGACAAUAUUGUAA